AUGCAUCCGCCGACCCUGCCCCUCGCAGCCGCAGCAGCGCUCAUCGCGCUCGGCACCGUCGCGUCGUCGUCGUCGCUCGCCGCACACCCGCGCACCGGCUUCCUCCAGGACGUCCUGUCGUCGCGCUCAGCCGAGCAGAACUACUGCAAGCCGACGGGCCAGAUCCACGACGCGUGCUGCGACUACGAGACGGUCGAGAGCGUCAACGAGGAGCUGUUUGGUCGCCUGCACGACCUCGUCGCGACCCCUUACUUCCGCUACCACAAGGUCGACCUCGCCAAGGAGUGCCCCUACUGGGAGGAGGACGGCAGCUGCAUGAACCGCGCGUGCAGCGUCGAAACGACCGGCGAGGACCACAUUCCUGAAGCAUGGCGAUCUUCAGCACUCGGCAAGCUGAACGAGACGAGCGCGUGGAAGACGUCGUCGCCGGCGGGCUGCACCGAGAUCAGUGACAGCGACUUUUGCGUCCUCGAGGACGAGCUCGACUCGGAGGGCGUCUACGUCGACCUGCUCGAGAACCCCGAGCGCUUCACGGGCUACGCCGGCCCGUCGUCGUCGCGCGUGUGGAAGGCCAUCUACGAGGAGAACUGCUUCACCCCCGUGCCGUUCGUCGACGCGUCGAGGUCGACGUUCGAGGGCGGCAGCGGCUUUGCGCCCGUCUCGAGCGGGUUCGGCGGGCUCGCGAGCGGCAUGGGCGGCAUGGGCGGCAUGGGUGGCGGGCUCGCGGCGGGCGGGUGGGGCGAGAGCGAGAAGCGGCUGCUCGGCAGUUUGGCUGGGCCGAGGGACCCGGACGAGGAGGUGUGCCUCGAGAAGAGGGUGUUCUACCGCGUCAUCUCUGGUCUGCAUGCCUCUAUCUCGGUGCACAUCUGCGACGACUACCUCGACCAGCAGACGGGCGAAUGGGCCCCAAACCUCGACUGCUUCAUCACGCGCAUCGGCCAGCACCCAGAGCGCCUCGAGAACAUGUACUUCACCUACGUCCUCCUCCUGCGCGCCCUGUCGCGCUCGGGCCCGCAGCUCGUGCGCACGCUCGACGCGACGGCCGGCGAGCGCGAGACGCGCGACCGCCUCGAGCAGCUCGUGCGCGUCGCCGACGGGUGCCCGAGUACGUUUGACGAGACGAGCAUGUUCAGCGGUGGCAAGGAGGCCGAGCUCCUCAAGUCCGAGUUCAAGGACCACUUCCGCAACGUGUCGCGCAUCAUGGACUGCGUCGGGUGCGACAAGUGCCGCCUGUGGGGCAAGAUGCAGAUCACGGGGCUCGGCACGGCGCUCAAGCUCCUGUUCUCGUACGACGGCGCGACGCCGCUCGCGUCGCCGACCGACGACCCGACGGCCGCGCCGCACGCCGUCGCCCUGAGCCGCAGCGAGCUCGUCGCGUUCGUCAACACGCUGCACCGCCUCAGCGAGAGCCUCGCCGCCGUCGACCGCUUCCGCACCCUGUGGGCCCACCGCGGCGAGCCGGCGCCGCCUCCUGCGCGCUCGCCGGCCCCGCCCUCGUCCUCGCCGGCGCCGUCGCCGGUCGUCGCCGCCCCCCGCGAGGACCAGGUCGGCCCGGACGAGCCGCUCAACUCUGCGCCGCCCGCCGCGCCCUCGACGCACAAGCCCUCGUUCGAGCCGAGCCUCGGCGCCGGCGCCGGCGUCGGCGUCGAGGGCAACACGAGCACGGCCUCGCUGUGGGAGCGCCUCGUCGGGUUGUGCGAGGGCGGGUGGAGCGCGUGCGUGAGGGUCGUCGCCGCGAGUGCGGCGAGGGUCAAGGGAGGCGAGCCGGACGGCAGUGGGCGCGACGAGCUGUAGAGCAUCUCGUGGAUAGAGCGGCAUCGAGGCAUCUUUCUUCGCU